CGCUCUCGGACAGCGCCGCGUGCCUCUGGAUACAGGCCCCCGUCUGCCGCGGGGUCGCGGCAGGGAGUGGGUCCGGCCGGCGAGAAAGCUGGGCGCCGGAGCAGGGGGAGCAGGGUCGGGCUUCGCGCCGACGCAGUGAGCUCACGGGGCGGUACCCCAGGCGGCGGGUUGUGGUUCCGGUUCCGUCGCCGAGACACGUGAAGGUCGGGCAGUCGGUUCUGAGCUCGUCUCGGCCCGCGUGGUCGCCCUGGGAUGGAUUCCUCGUCGUCUUCCGCCGGGGGUUUGGGCGCGGUGGACCCUCAGUUGCAGCAUUUCAUCGAGGUGGAGACACAGAAGCAGCGCUUCCAGCAGCUGGUGCACCAGAUGACGGAACUUUGCUGGGAGAAGUGCAUGGAUAAGCCUGGGCCAAAGUUGGACAGUCGGGCUGAGGCCUGUUUUGUGAAUUGCGUUGAACGCUUCAUUGAUACAAGCCAGUUCAUCUUGAAUCGACUGGAACAGACCCAGAAAUCCAAACCAGUCUUCUCAGAAAGCCUUUCUGACUGAUCUCACUCAGCAUUACCUCUUUGGAAAAGUAGUUCGAGAAACAAAGAGCUGUCGAAGAUAUGGUUGAAGAAAUGGCUAUGAGAAGAUUGACUCCCAGCUUUUUGUCAGUCUUGGGACAUCUUGUCAUUUGAGAAUGAACAAAGACCAAUUUUUGUGUUGGGGGGAUUGAGGGUCAUGUGUGUUUGGUUGUGUUUUUAAAGCUACUCAUGUGAAAAUAAUUGACAGAUAAAUGAAACUAUGAAAUGCGUAUUACUGUAUAUGGGACUGUGCUUUCUCAAGGUCCCCUUAACUGCUUUGUAUAAUUUUGAUAGUGGAACUGCUUUCUAUAAUUUGAUAGUGGGACCACAUAGGUAAAUCUCUUAUUUGUAUGAAUUCAUUUCAGAUUUUUAGAGAGAUCUUUGUGUCAGAAAAGGUAGCAGUAGGAAAAUGACCUGGCACUGUUUAAUUGUGGGCUUUUUUACCUUUCAUUUGACUAUCAGAACUGAAAGAUUCUGUGGAGAGUUAAUAAAAUUCAGCCUUUUAGAUUCUCUCCAUCCCCUAUAAUUUACUUAAAUAACUAUUUUUAAAUAUGGUCUCAAGGUAGAACAGGCUGCCUGAGAAUCCAGAAUCCUUAGUUAUAAAGGAAUCUAGCUCAGGAGCGUAAUUCUCAUUGCCAGAGUGCCAUAGGAAGAAGUUAAUUACCUUGUAUAUCAGGCUACAGAACAUUCACGUUUCAGGAUACAAAACAUUCACAGAUGUGCCUAAAGAAAUGAUCAAUGUUUAGGCCAGUCAAAAACUAACAGCAGUUUCAGGUAGAGGUGCAUGCCUGACAUUAAUCAUAAAUUCCAUCAACUGCAUUCUUUUGAUCACUGAAAUAAAAGCUCUACAAGAUUUAACUCUGA